CACCUCUGUCCAAUUUAUAAAAGGUGUGACAAAAAAUAACAACGCGUACACCACAAAACCCUCUGAAAAAUUCCAACGACCAUUGGGUGUUAAGGUGAGUCACACACUUAAACCAAACCAUCAUCAGCUUUUUCCACAAGGUAUUACAUUUAUAUUUAUUAAUUUUACACAAUUGUUUAUCCAAAACAGCCAAUUAUAUCUUUAAGCAGUAUGUGUGUUUCCUGGGAUCCAUGUUAAAAGGAAAGUACACGCAUCAGGGAACAAAUACUGUAGGCUAUCAGUGUAGAGGGUGCAGAUGCAUUUGGGUUUGUGUUCAGGAUCUAUUUGUAGAAAGUCUGCCACUUUUACAGAAUACCUUUCAAGUUUAGCUUAAACCGAUGCUUGGUAAAUAUUGAACAGAACACGCCGCUGGGUUAAAAAGUCUCUAAUGGUGAGGUGUUUACAUCCAAUACUUUGUUGAUCCAACCCAACUGCGGAGUUAUUACAACCCAUGCAUGGUUGGGUAACAACCCAGCAAUGGGUAUAUUUGCGUUGUGUUCUGUCCAAUAGGCUUUUUACCCAGCAUGGAUUAAAAACAACCCAGCAUUUUUAUAGAGCAUUCAAGUAGAAAUAAAAGAUUAUUUCUGCAUUUCAUAUGAUGUUCAUGUGUUUGCAGAGAUAUUAAGCACCAGUACGUCAAAGCAAAAGAGCCUUAGAAAUUGAACAAAUAAAAAAGACAUUUUGAAAGAUUUCCACGAACAUACUUGCCUAACACAUUACAUUUUGCAAAUGAUUUUUUAAAUGUCUUUAAUUUAGUCAUUAAAUAUGGUGACUAAUUGCUUCCUUUAACAUCUUAUGCUUAUACUUACAGUGUGGUGUCCCAUUUCAAAAAUUUGCUGUUGUCAAUCUUUAUUUUAUUUGAUCACACACCACCCCUAAACACCCUUUUCACACUUUUAAACCUUUAACACAUUUUUCCACACAUGCGUCAGCAACAUCUUAAGUGCUAAUGUUCAUUUACAUGUCCAUUGCAUUGAUUGGACAUUCAACUGUAUAUAAGGGGAAAGCAUACAAAAUCACUCGUCUGUAUGCUGUAUUCAUAGAUCUUACAUCAUUGUAGACAUUGAACAUACCUUCCAGCUGAAUAAUAUUAUACAUCCAAACUCGCAAUGAUUAUCAUUUGGCUUUUACUGGCCCUUCCUACACCAGCCAGCCCAGCAUGUUUUCUGGGGAAAGCAGCUGACUGUCAAGAAGCCGAUUAUGUACCAGGGUGUGACUUGGCCGGGGAGGGCUACGACAUCACCAAGAUGCAACGCCUUGGGACUUUUGUCAUUGAUAUGAGCAAAUGGGAGCUCGAGAACAACACGUGUAACCUUUGCAAAAACCCGUUUAUGCAGGGCAAAAAGCAGAAGCUUCCAAAGUCGGUGGUAGACUGGCGUCCUGGCCAGAAAUGCAAGUUUUCAUUGUCCAGCUCCGUUUUUGAGUCUAGUGAAUCUCUAGUAAGUUCCAGUGUCUCCUCUGUAGAGAACAACUGGAAGGUUGGCCUGGGAAUAGGUAAUUUUGUAGCAAAGGCAUCGGUGAUGUUGGCUGGCACUAACUCCAGACUUGCCGACUACUCCAUGGCAAAAACCAAGAAGGACAAAUUCAGCUUUAUUAAACAAUCGGUGUCCUGUAAAUACUACAGUUACAGGCUCUCCAGCAUGAUCUCUGUUCAUCCUGAACUGAAUCAUGAAUUUACAAACCUUCCAGAGAUCUACGACAACCAAACGAAAGAAAGCUACUUGUCACUUGUGGAAAAGUUUGGCACUCAUUACAUCACAAAGGUGAAACUGGGUGGAUCUGUGGGAUCUGUGACCAGUGUCAAAGAAUGCAUGGCCAGUCUGCAGGACCUCAGUACAGAUGAGGUCAAAACUUGUUUGGAUGUAGAAGCAUCUGCGAUUAAGAAUAUCAAAGUAGACACAGCAUACCGUCACUGCAAGCAGGCCAAAGACAAAAAACUGAACAAGGACACUUUUGCUCACAGUUUUAGUGACAGGUUAUGCGAGAUCACCGGUGGUCACACUGAAGACCCAACUCUUCUCUUCUCAUCUCAAAACGACCCUGGCGCUUAUAAACAGUGGCUCUCCUCUGUACCAGAAAAACCAGAUGUGAUUUCCUUUUCAUUGAAGCCGCUUCAUAAAUUGCUGCCGGUCAAGAACCCUAAACAAAAGCAAUUACGCCGAGCCAUUCGUGACUACAUACUGCAGAGGGCCCUUUUGAGGAACUGCUCUACCCCAUGCAAGACCGGAGUCGCAACUAACCCCAAGGAACCUUGCGCGUGCACCUGCCAUAACAAUCCAGCAGUUAGGGCUAACUGCUGCCCCGCACAGCUUGGAUCUGCUCAGGUAACUGUGACCGCGUUGAGGGCAACAGGUCUGUGGGGCGAUUACUUCUCAAGUACUGAUGGGUAUGUCAAGGUCCUCAGAAAUCGCAGGAUCACUCUUGGUCAAACAGGAGUCAUUUGGAAUCAGAACUCGCCUGUUUGGAAAUGGCCAUUUAAUCUUGGUGACAACGUCCUGUCGAAGAUUGGUGUUCUGACACUAGAGGUAUGGGAUAGGGACAGCGGGUGGGAUGAUGAUCUCCUGGGAGCUUGCAACAUUCAGCUUAAAUCUGGCACUAAAACUGAAUUCUGCAAACUGAACCAUGGUUUGCUGUACUAUAAGACGGAAGUAACUUGUGCUCCUGGUUUAAGUGGCUCCUUUUGCUCCAAGUAUAGUGGCGUUCCAAUGUCCUCUCCUCUGGAAAAAAUAUAUGCGUCACGACACGCCCAACCUCUUCCGAAAGAUUUACUGCUGAAAAUGGGAGUGCUGUUAGAUGAGCGCCGCAUUUCAUUGAGUCAGAACCAGAAAAGUGUGCAUCCAAUUUUUGAAGUCACAAAAGAAAAGCGCAAAAUGUAUGAAAAUUUAAAAUAAUGCAUUUUAUUAAUCAAUUAAAAGCAAGCAGAAAGAUUUAAGCAGACAGUUUUGCAUCAUAGCAUUUUGCUUUUUUUAUUAGCAUUACAUUUUUUUGAUUUUGCUUUAUUCAUUAUGUGAAAUCCAGGUUAAAGUUUCAUAAUGAUGAAAUUAGGAGCAUUAAAGUUUGAUUUUAUUCAGUCGAUAU